GUAUAGAAAUUUUUAUGCGCCCUCCUUCCAUUCUCUACUGCUUCCGUUUCUAGGUUAGGGUUCUCUCUCUUUGCAGUGAGAGAAGGCAUUUUCCUUGCAGACGAUCUCAAAGCUUUGGGGUGCAGUUCUGGAAUGGAAUUGAAUCACCUAUCUAACUUUGGUGGAGUAUAUAAGAAUCUUCACAUACCGGCACUAGUCAUUGGAGGAGUAUCUGUUUUGAUUGCACUGGUCCUUUCUUUCUUGUUGAUAUUGCAACAUCUCAGAUCAUACACUAAUCCUGCUGAACAGAAAUGGAUUAUUGGCAUCAUAUUCAUGGUUCCUGUUUAUGCCACUGAAUCUAUAAUAUCCCUGUGGAAUUCAAGAUUUUCUAUAAUUUGUGACAUCUUAAGAAAUUGUUAUGAAGCAUUUGCCCUGUAUUCUUUUGGAAGCUACUUGGCUGCCUGCCUUGGAGGUGAAGAAAGAGUUGCAGAGCUGCUUGAGAAUGGAGCAAAUAAACAGCUGAGUGAACAAUUGCUCAAGGAAGAAGAGAAGGAACGAGCACCACAUCGAAGAUCAUUCCUCGAUUUUUUUUGCCACCCAAGUGUGCUCGGAAAAUAUUUAUACACAAUUGUGAAAUUCGGUCUUGUGCAAUAUAUGAUUCUCAAGACAUUAUGUGCCUUUCUUGCAUUGCUGUUGGAGCUUUUUGGAGUAUAUGGAGAUGGGGAAUUCCAGCUGUACUAUGGGUACCCAUAUAUUGCAGUUGUAUUAAACUUCAGUCAGAUGUGGGCUUUGUAUUGUCUUGUGCAGUUUUACAAUGUGACCCAUCAUAGGUUGCAAGCAAUCAAGCCAUUGGCAAAGUUCAUAAGCUUCAAGGCCAUUGUGUUUGCAACUUGGUGGCAGGGAGUGGGUAUUGCAAUAAUUUGUUAUUUUGGUAUCUUGCCAAAGGAGGGGAAGAUCCAAAAUGGAAUUCAGGAUUUUCUUAUCUGCAUUGAAAUGGCUAUUGCAGCUGUUGCCCAUGUGUAUGUCUUCUCAGCAAAACCGUACCGGUUUCUCUCAGUUUCAGAGUAUGGAAAGGUCACUUCCCUAGAAACUACAACCAAAGUGAAAAUAAAUGAAAGUGGCAAGGGAAGGCCCACUAGUGUUGAGCAAGAGGAAACCCGUGUUGAAUCUCCAGGGACAAGCAUCACCAAAAGUGUUCAGGAUGUCGUGCUAGGGAGUGGUGAACAUGUUGUUAAAGAUGUAGCUUUGACCAUAUCUCAGGCCAUAGAGCCUGUAGAAAAGGGUGUCACAAAGAUACAAGAGACAUUCCAUCACAUUUCUUUUGGCUCAGAUAAGGAGAAAGAACACAAAGUUGAGGUUGACGAGUACAUCACAGAGAAUGUUGUGGGAGAUGAUCCCCAUAUUAUCAGCUCCAAAAUGGAAAUUAAUAAUGGAAAUCUCCAAUAAUAAGAUUGCACUAUCUUCUGUGCCACUUUGUUUCAAGAAAAGCUUAAAGAAUGCUGAUGUGCAAAUAAAAGAAGGAACCAGAAAAAUUCAUCCAGGUCAAAUGUUUGUGAUGCCUGUAGACUAGUGGUAGUUAUUUUGUGCCUGCUUUCUUUUUCAGGUGGCAGGAUUACCGUAAGCCAUUUGAUUCUCGUUCUUUUUUCUGUUGGGGUUUGUAUAUAUAGCUCAUAGUUAUUUUGAAAGGAGCUUGUUGAAUUGAUAAUUGUUAACAGUCAUAUAAUGCUUCAAGAUGCAACUAGCAUGAAAUUGAUGACCUUGUAAGAAAUUAUAUAUAUGUUUACAA